AGAUGCCCUGCCUUUGGGUGACGGUGCCUGUCCACCCCUCGUCACGGGAAGCCAGUUGGUGGUGCGGUGCUGCUGUGUACCCCCACUUGUUGCGUGCUGUCGCGUUUGCACAACUUUAUUGGAAGAUGAACAGCCGGGAGCGGACAUCGACAUUUGGUGGCCCGUACGGGGACUGAUCACCCCCGAGACGUGAAAGUGGACAACGCUCCAGUACAGAGCUGCGAGACAGGUGAGUUGGGGAUAAGCCUGGGCUCUGGGUGGCGCGCACCUACAGGGCUUUUAGACUCCCCUCAGGCUCACGCGUAAGUGGCGGAUUCCUUGGGCCUCACGUGGUGAGUAACAUAUUAAAAAAUGGGAAACAUGCUAGGUAGCAACACUAAGAGCGAGGGUGGUUGUGGAGAAAGCUCUCAAGAGCUUACAAAAGUACGCAGGGUAUCUGAGCAGGCCCAGUCAGGGAGCUCCCGAGAGGGGUCCGUCAAGGGGAACAAGGAUGCUAAGGAGGAGGACGGGGCUCUAGCCUCGGAGUCGUCUGACUCCGAGGACGAGGGAAAGUUGAAUGGCAAGGAGGCCAAAGAGACCAGCUGUCAGGAGCCUAAGUCGCUCAAUAAGGAGUCGCAGGGUUCUUUUCCAGCGUCGCGCCGCGAAUUGCGCUCUGCUCAACCUGGUCUGCGGAGGAGUAGAGAGCUCCUGAGCGCUCCCCGGUGCGAGAGGGAGGCGAUCCCUCGCCACGAGGCGGCCGCCUGGGAGCUCUCUCCCCUUUCGCCAGAACAGGAAGUGAUGCACGGGCCCCCAUUUUCCGCCCAAUCACGGCCGCCGUCUUAUGCUCCGCCGCCGGCGGGUCAGUAUUUUUACAGGCGGCUUUGGCAGGAGGGACGCUUGUCUCAUGAGGUACAUCCACCUGGGAUAGAUAGUGGCCCCUACGAGAUAUUUCCUGUACAAGUAGCUAUGGGCCAGGGACGCAAUGCAUGGGAGCCUUUUGAGAUAAAGCAGAUUAGAGAACUUAAAAAUACAGUUACAACCUUUGGGCCGACUGCGCCUUACACCAUUGCCAUGCUGGAGAAUCUGUCUUCUGGGCCCCUCACCCCCGCGGACUGGAUUCAGCUGGCAAAGGCGUGUCUGCCCUCGGGCAGUUACCUGGAUUGGCGAGCCUGGUACGCAGAGUUCUCUGCAGAGCAGGCUGAGAGAAACGCCAAUCGGGGAAACCGGGGGUGGAACAAGGAAAUGCUUAUGGGAGAAGGUCGGCACGCUGAUGAUCAGACCCAGUUCCCCGGCGCUGUCUAUGAACAAAUCAAUGCCAUAGGGCUCCGCGCCUGGAAGCAAGUAAGUGGUGCCGGAACAGCCUCCUUGUGUCUUUCAAAAAUAAUUCAGGGUACCACAGAGCCAUUUGUUGACUUUGUGGCCCGAAUGCAAGAUGCUGCCGAUAAGAUAUUUUCUGAUCCGGGAGUGGCUCGACCGCUGGUAAGGCAGCUGAUUUUUGAGCAAUGUACAAAGGAGUGCAAGGCAGCGAUAGCUCCUCAUAAGAACAAGGACCUCAACGCCUGGAUUAGGAUAUGCAGAGAGAUAGGGGGGCCGCUCUCCAACUCGGGAGUGGCUGCUCUCCUGGCCGCGGCUGUACAGCAGAGGGGACCUCGCGGGUUAGAAGGGGAAUGUAAGGCUAAAGGGUGUUUUGCCUGCGGGGAGCCAGGACACAUUAAACGUCACUGCCCAAACAAUGCAGAUGCUAGGCCUCGUCCUAGGAAUGAAAAACCAUAUGUUUGUGGGCGAUGCAAGAAGGGAUCACACAAAGCUGAGGAGUGUAGGUCGGUCUUUGAUGCUCAGGGCAACCGUAUUUGUGGACAAGAUGCUACAGAGCCAAAAAACGGCCAGAGGGGGCCCCCUUCACAGGCGGGCCCCCGCCCCAGAGACAGGACAGCUCAGGAUGGCAGCCUUCAACAAGGGCCACCCCUGGGUCAGCAGGUGUGGACCUCAGUGUCGCCUCCAGACUUAUAUGGGUGUUCAUCUUGUCAUUUGUCACUCAGCACCCUAUAAUUUUUCCAAAGGUUACUGCCUCUGAGCCAUUAGUCCCAGCAACUACAAUAUACACAGAUGGCUCCAAAACGGGGAUAGGCGCCUAUGUGAUCCUAGGCAAGCCCCCGGUUACCAUACAAUUUGAACCAGAUCAGCCUCAGGUGGUGGAACUGCAGAUCGUUAAAAUGAUUCUUGAACGGUUCUCAAAAGCCAUUAACAUUGUCUCCGAUUCUAAGUAUGUGGUCAAUGCUAUGCAAAUGCUUGAGACUGCCGGUUUAAUUAGAUCCACUUCCACAGUGGCUGGGCUGUUCCUGUCUAUCCAGACAUUGCUUCAGAACAGACACCAUAAGGUCUUCACCACCCACAUAAGAGCACAUACAUCCCUGCCAGGGCCUAUGGCACAGGGGAAUGCGGCUGCUGACACUGCCACUCGCCCGUUAUAGAUUUUUACCUUACUAACACCAAUCGAGCGAGCCCGUGCCUUCCAUGAUAAGUUUCAUGUCAAUGCCAGGACACUAACAAACCAUUUCCAUGUUUCUAGAGCAGAUGCACGAGAUAUCGUGCGACUAUGUGACUCCUGUGCCACAUACAAACCUGCCAUACCGAUGGGAGUAAACCCUCGAGGUUUGAUCCCUGGUGAUGUUUGGCAGAUGGACAUCACACAUAUACAGGAGUUUGGGACUCUUAAAUAUGUUCAUGUUUCCACAGACACCUGUUCUCACGUCAUAUUUGCAACAGCAGAAACAGGUAAAAAAGUGUCUAAUGUGAUCAAUCAUUGCCUGGCAGCUUGGGCCGCAUGGGGCAAACCAAAAAUAUUAAAAACUGAUAAUGGACCAGCCUAUAUAGGCAAAGCCUUCAAUGAGUUCUGCAAAAUGAUAGAGGUUCAAUUAAAACAUGGUAUCCCAUACAAUCCCCAAGGUCAAGGAAUCAUUGAGAGGGCUCAUAAAAGCCUCAAAGAAAUUUUACAAAAACAAAAAGGGGGAGUAGGCCAAGGCCUGGCCCCAAAGGCACGAUUAUCCAUGGCACUAUUCACACACAAUUUUUUAAAUUUAAAUAAUGAUAAUUGCUCCCCAGCCGUGGAGCACUACAACCCUUCCCCCAACCAUAAAGGGUGGGUGAAGUGGAAAGAUGUCCUGACAGGACAAUGGAUGGGCCCGGAUCCAGUGGUCAGCUGGAACCGAGGCGCGGUUUGUGUUUUCCCACAGGAACCGGGACGAGAACCACUGUGGAUACCGGAGAGACUGACACGGGCAACAAAGCCCUCGACUGAAGAUCAGACCUGACCUACCGGAGAUCCAUCACAGACCAACCAACAAGAUAAAUAGAAAUAGCGGUAGCCCAAAAUGGACAAGAAGAUCCUCAGGCAUAUGCAUGGCUUGCUCAAUUGGCCCACGACCGAGUCUAGAUAUGGCGGGCAUCCCUCAUUCUCCUCCAUAAGGUGACAAUACACAGCAGGGUAGGUGAGUCAAUGACGGGUAAGAGCGUGCCUCUCCAGCACGACUCGACCUAAGCCAGGCCCUACCCCAUCCUGCACGUAAGCCGCUGGACUGUUAGAUGCUGCCCAGGUCUAAAUUUCUCUCCGAGGGGAUUUCUUUACGGAGAGGAAAUGAGUGCAAGCUUGUGUACAUCCAGGUUCCGUCCAGUUUGUGCCUGGCCCUAGAAAAAGGACGAGGGCCUCAGGGCCUUGGCAGACCAUGGCAUGGCCAACCAGGGUCUAAGCCAAGGACCUACGGUGGGCCUACACAUAGGGCAUAAGCCUCUGCACCCAGUCCAGGAAGGGCUACGAUGCGCACAUUCAUAAAAAAUAAAAUAGGGGGAGAUGUUGGGAGCCGCGUCUGUGAUAGCUCGCCUUGCGCGGCGGACGUGCAGCCUGUGGUAAAGAGCAAAGCCUGAGGUAGAUUACCCCUCCCAUCGAAUAUGUUAGUUUCCUGCUUACCGCGUAAACAACCCGCUCAACAAUAUAGUCUGCCUGGCAACUGAUGAUGUUAGCCAAUCAGCUUGCCUUGCUUACUUUAACAUGAUUGGACACUGUACCCGUAUAUAUACCGGUGCCACCCCUGGGCGGAAGUAGAAGCCAGGUAGAAGCCCGGAAGUAGAAGCCCAAAAGGAGCCGCGGAGAGCGGACCGGUAGAGGCUUUGGGGCAGACUGAAGCACAAAAGGAGCCGCGGGGAGCGGACCAGAGGAGGCUUCAGCUGGGAGAACCCAGGGCAGGCUGUACGGAGAAGGAAAAUAAAAAGAAAAG